AUGACAAUGGGCGUUAUCACUGCUUACUUCAGUGGUCUAAUUAAUCUUGUUCGUUUAACUCCGUACUCGCUGUUGAGACAAUGCAGAGUGUGUGCUACUUUUCUUUUAUUUCCCUUGCGCCCCGUGCAAGUCGUUGAGACACAUGGUUUCCCUGCUCUCACCGACGUUGGUGAAGGUGCACACACAUCGCGGCGGUGGUACCCGCCGCAAAACAUGGCGCUUGGAAGCAUAUUUUUGAAUAGGAGCGGAUUACCGCUUGCUUUACUUCCUGCGCUCCGCUCCUGCAUACGCUAA